CUAGAUUUUUAAAAAAAUGUCACUCUAUAAAUCUGAUGGCCUGAAUUCAAUCCCUGGCAAAGUUACCUCCUCUCCACAUUAAUUGUUUAGCACAUAGGCCCAACCCUACAGCCAAAUAAAUGUAAAAAAUUACACACGCACACAUACACACACAUAUAUACAUACACAUAUACUCACACAUAUACAUAUAACAUACUCAUACAUAACACAAAACACACAUAUACACUACCCACAUACAAAUAUAUACUUACAUAUACACCCACCCACACACAUACAAACAUUUACACAUAUACACCCCAUACACACACUCACACAUAUACAUAAUAUAUAAUUAUACUUGCCCACAUACAAAUAUACAUUCACACAUGCACACACACAUACACACACCCACAUACACACAUAUGCACAUACAUACAUACAUACACAUAUACAUACAUACAUCUCAUAUACACACAUAUACACAUACACCCCCACCCCCACAUAUACACAUAUGCACAUACAUACAUAUAUACAUACAUACAUCUCAUACACACACUUAUACAUACACACAUAUACACACACACCCACCCACCCACACAUACACACACAUAUACACCCUCCACAUGCACACAUAUACAUACAUACACAUACAUAUAUACACUCACACAUACACACAUAUACACCCCCACAUGCACACAUAUACAUACACACAUACACCCCUCUCACAUACACACAUAUACAUAUACACUCACACACACAUAUACAGCCCACAUGCACGCAUAUACAUACAUACACACACACACACACACUCACACAUACACACACAUAAGCAAAAAACUUAAAAGUACAAAUAGGGACUUUUUUGUGUUUGGGGAGCUGAGGCAGGAGAAUUACUUUGAGUUGAAGGCCAUCUUGGGAUACAUAAUGAGAUUUAAGCCAGCCUGGGUUAAUAGGGUAAGAUACUUCUUUGAAAACUCCAAACCAAACAGCUAGGGUAAGUUUUGAAGGAGUUUAAGUUUUGACAAUUAUGGUAAAGGGUACUACAUACCAAUGAGAAAGAGUAAGGAGAUAUCUAAAGUGAUUGUUGUUAGACAACCUUAUUUUUUUAAAAAGAUUUAUUUAUUUAUUUAUUUAUUUAUUUAUUUAUUUAUUUAUUUAUUUAUAUGUAUCUGAGUAAACUGUAGCUGUCCAGAUGGUUGUGAGCCUUCAUGUGGUUGUUGGGAAUUGUAUUAAGACCUCUGCUCGCUCCAGUCAACCCUGCUUGCUCCAGUUGGCCCUGCUCGCUCAGGCCCAAAGAUUUAUUUAUUAUUAAAUCUAAGUACACUGUAGCUGUCUUUGGAUGUACCAGAUCUCAUAUGGAUGGUUGUGAGCCACCAUGUGGUUGCUGGGAUUUGAACUCAGGACCUUAGGAAGAGCAGUCAGUGCUCUUACCAGCUGAGCCAUCUCAGCAGCCCUAGACAACCUUAUCUAACUCAGAAGAUACGUGAGACUGUAAAUCUACUUCUCAAACUUUAACGGGUGCAGCCGUUCACAUUUCCCAGGAUUCUUCAGUCAUCUGUCAAUGCUUUGUGUGUCCUUGCUAAUCCUCUUCUCUAGGAAGUCCUCAGCAGGGCCUCUGCUCUGGAUGUGCUCUUACAGACUUCUCAACUCACAAUAUUUUUUUUAAUUAUGUAUUUUGUUUAUUUUUAUUUUAUGUGUCUGGGUGCUUUGCCUGCGUGUAAGUCUCGGCACCGUGUGCACACAGUGCCUUUGGGGAACAGAAAGUGACAUUGGAACCCCUGCACCUGGAGUUACAGAUGUCACUGCCAUGUGUGUGAUAGAUAGCUAAUCCAGCCCUCUGGAAGAGCAGCCUGUGCCCUUAACCCCUGAGCAUCUCUCCAGCCCCUUGGCCACAUUUAUGUGUCUCUGUGUACUUCCCUAAGAGCUGAGGACCACACAGACUUGGCCCAGGACCUGAGUGUGCUGCCACAGUACCCAGUGAGGUGCCACAGUUGACCUUGACCUUUCUAUAACCCUCAGAGAACCACGUGAGCCUCUCCAGGCCUCCCAGGAAAGGUGUUGAAACACAAAGGGAACGCUAGCAACCCUGCCUGAGCUUUUUUUGAGGCAGGAUUUCUUGUAGCCCAGGCUGGCCUUAGACCUCCUUUGUAGCUGAAGGUGACUUUAAACUGAUCUUUUGCCUUCAUCUCCUGAAAGCUGACCUACAGGUGUGUACAUCACUGUGCCUGGCUUAUGUAGAUGGAACCCAGAGCUUUGUCAGACUUCCCGGUGUUAAGCCUUGCUUGGAUGGAUCACCUCGGAAGGGAGUUGUCUCCCAAGCCUCAGGAUAUAAAAAUAUACCAACAGGAUGGGUUGACCUGGGCUCCAGCCAGAUGGCUCAGAUGAUGGGGACCUUGCUGAGCAUGUCCCCACCACCUGUCAUGGCAUCAGGCUACAGUUCAAGUCCAUGACACGCAGCUGCCUAGGGAUGUGUGGUGUAGCUGACUCUCUGACCUGCACUUGUGUCCCAGUGUCAUCCUUGGUCAUAUCUGAGACCUUUCCCAAGUGAUUAAGAAACCCUCCAACAACCAGACAAAAUCACUGUGGUAAACUGAGGCAGAGAUGGGCUAACAGAACUUUGAGUAUUGCAUCUCUGUGCAGAAUACAGCUCAGAAACCCUUCCCCAACAGCCUUAGCCAUUUGAUGCUCUCCACCCAUUCUAAAAGGAAGUGUCCGGCAGAGCCAGGAGAUGAGCCUGCACUUGGGAGUGGAGUGGGGUCCGGGGAAGGGUCUGGAGUCCCACAUCCUGCUCCACUGCAUCAUGUUCAUCUUCCUAAGACAACACUACAGGACGGCUGCUUCUGUGAUGUGUUAGCUCAAGCGGGUGUGGUGUCCUUAGGUGUGGCUGUAUCUGGUGCUGUUCUAAGCGGGGAAACCACUUCCCUCUUCCAGGCAUUCACAGAUGAGAGUCUUCAGGUUGUCUGUGCCAUUUCCUGGGUUGAGGAUAGAUUACUCUUCUCCAACUCAUUCAAGUUUAUUUUAUUUUUUAAAAGAAACGAUCUCCUUUAGGUGGUUAAAUUUUGAAGAAUUGUCUAGGCCUUUGACAUUGUUUUCUGUGAGUGGCUUUCUUACACCAGCCGGGCAGCGAGCAGGGAAUGCCCCAGGCUAUCUAUCUUGCAGGACCAAGGAUGCACAGGGAUAGUAAAGCUGCCUCUGGUAACAAUCCCAGUUUAGCUAGCACACUCCCACAGGCUUCAGCUGGAGGCUGAGGGGAUGAAGAGGGUGAGAGGCUUCUCAAAGAGUUUAGACCCCGGGAGGAAAGUGAAUUUAUCACCUGCCAGGCCUGGCUCUCACCACCCACCUUGUCUCUUCCCACCCACUGUGGGACACAGCUAGGGGGUGGGGAUGCUAUGUAGGAAAAUGCAGGAUAUACAUGACCGAUGUAUAGCCUAUGGGUCUCACUAUGAGAAGUAAAUACAUGCCAUCAUUGCCUAGCUCAGACCGUGCAUCCGGCCGCCUGGGCACCUACCUUCUGCAGCCUGGUUGCCUGGGUCUGAAGCUCUGACUUACAGUGACCGAUCUCAUCCAGGGGCACCUGCUGAAGUUUCCAAGUGCUUGCACUUCAGGACAAAGGGCUGCGCCAGGAACAAACUGGGAGAGAUGGAGAUGGUUUGCGCCCGAGGGGCAGGCAGUUGGUAACGGCAGCAACUGCCUGAUGACGUGAACCCUAUAUAAGGAACUCCUGUGUUAGAAGAAGAGAGCUGUGGAUAUACAAUUUGUAUACACAGAGCAACUGCAGGUUUGGCCCAUGAUGAUACAGACUCUGGGCUGUGGCCUUACCUAUUAGCCAGUUAUUCAAGGCUGCCUCAUCUGCGUUCUCCUGAAGAAGAGCAAAGAGCUUCCCAGCAACAUUUAAAUUACUGAUAGAGCCACGACUUCCUUGUGUGCUCUGUAAGCCUUUGUGUGGAGACAGCCACACACCUCAGCAUCCAGAACGAGAGUCAGGAGCAGACGGAACCUAAAGGCAUCCCUUGUUUGCCUGCAAGUAGCAAGCUGGUCCUCACCUCGGCAUUUAGUGUAGAUGCAGUUUAGGAUGGCUAUCCUGCUGACAGAGAGCCCUCACCCCCUGUGUCUAGGUACCGUGGAGGCAUGUGACUUCCACUAGGCCCAACAGGAUCUCAUUCCUGGAGGUUUGGAGUUGGCUCCAAGUGGGUCUCCAUGUGGCUGGAUUAGACACUUGUGAGGCCAGGAGUAAUGAGAAGCAGGAGCUACCAGGAAGGCGGCAUCGAUACAGCUACUGGGGCCUCUGGCUUCCUCAGGCUGGCUUAGGUCUUUGCAGAGCACCAGACUAGUCCUGCUUCUCUGCCUCUGUGAACUUCAGGGAUCCUCAGCAGAACUCCUUGUACGUGACUUGGGUUGUAUUGAUUGUGGUGAGUUGCAGUUAAGAACCUUAAUUAAUGUGGCGUUACCCACCAGGGGGAGGGGAGCACCACAACACUGGCUGUCAGGGAGUGUGAAGUAGGAUGCACACACCUUCCCAAUGGAUCCUCAAAGGUGAACAGGAGUGCCUCUCAACUCCUGGGUCCAAGGAUCCAGCCAGUCACACUGGAUGAUGAUUUCCACAACAUACAAACGGCCCCUCCAGGGACUGUACUUUCCUGGGGCUGUAAUGGAGACUCCAGAAGGGCAUUCUACUGUCUGGCAAUGUUAUCACGAUAGGGACUGCUGUGAGUGUGGCCUGUUGUCAUGGUGCUCUACUGUGAUGCUUGAACUCUGGGAGCAGCGGAGCAUGGCACACCGUAACAGUGGACAGGGGUCUCUGCAGGGACUCAGGUAUUCAUAAAACACACAAAUAAAUGUAGUCCAGGCUGGCUUUGAACUUGUGGCAGUAAAUCUCCCAAGUGCUGGGAUUACAAGGCAUGAACCAAGGGCCAUGGGAUUUGGCAUGAAUGCCCUAUGAGAGAACAUAUAAGGUCAUAGAGCUGCCCCUUGGCUGAUGGAAGUGCUUAAUGUGAGGAAGCAAGCACUAAGAAGCUGGCUGACCACCAGGGGGCAGUGCUGUGUCCUAGACUCUGUGUUGGUCUUUCCUGCCAGGCAUGGUGGCUACUGUGGCUGGGUGGGCUUGGGUGAAUAAAGAUCUACUCUGCCGAGCUCACUGCCACAUCCAUCCCUACCUGCCCUGGCCACCAUGCUCACGAACCCAUGGGGGUAACAACAGGGCAGCUGGAGAAAGAGGCUGGCUGCUAUCCUCAGAACAUGCCAUCCUCUCUGAGGUCACCUCCUGGUGAGCGCUCCCAGGAGAUGAAACUAUCUUCACUUUUAUGUGUGUGCAUCUGUGAGCACGCAUGUGUACAGGUGCUCAUGAACAAAGUGGCAACUGAGGUUUUUUUUUAAUCUGAUUCUGAUAAUUUUGUAAGUUUUAAAACAUUCAUUUUCAUUUUGUGUAUGUGUCUGUCUGUCUGUCUGUCUGUCUGUCUGCGUGAUGGUGACAGGGAUAGCUAGAAGAGGGUGCCUGAUUAGUCCUCUGGAGCUGCAAUUGCAGGUAGCAGUGAGCUACUCAGGAUAGAUGCUGUGAAACUGAACUCUGAUCCUCUGCAAGAAUGCUAUGUGCUCUGAACUGUUGGGCCAGCUUUCCAGCCCCUGUUUUAAGACAGUUUAUGUUAUAUAUUCAGAGGUAUGCCUAGUUAUCCUCGGGAGUGAGUCAGGUAGACCUGAGAGUGUUUAUGGCAGGCUGGCCAAUUCAACUGUAUUUACUACGGAGUGCCUCCUGAGGAGGAGAGGCGUUCCAUUCGUUUUAGCUGACCACUUCAGAUCGAUCGCAGGCCAUCACUGAGGGGAGUCAAGGCAGGAACCUAAGGCAGGCCUGCUUGCUAUAGCACACAGCAUUAACCUCCAAUGGAGAGCUCACUUCACUGCCAAUCAGGUAUAGCAGGAACCACAGAGGACGCUGUUUGCCAGCUGGCUCGUAGAUGGGCUUCAGCUCACUUAGCUUUCUUGGAUAGUUCGAAACCUAGGUAAUGGUGCCGCCCACAGUGGGCUGGGCCUUCGAAGGCCAGUUAACUGUCCAGACCUUUCUUACAGACGCGAUACGGGCCAAUCUGAUCUAGGUAAUCAUGGACUAAAGCUCUCUGCUCACAGGACCCUAGGCUAUGUCACACUGACAGGUAAAGCAAACUAGGAUACCAACACAGUGCCUUUUUCAACCCUGUUACCCUACCCACUGCACUAAAUCCUGACUCUGCUCAUGUCUUUAUCAACUUCAGCCGCAUCCGCCCGUGCUUACCCGAAGGUUCCUGGUAAGAGGCAACUGCUCUGGCCCACCUUUCCAGCACCUGGUCUUUUUUCUAGGGCCACAGGCUCCUCCCUUCCAGCACGCACUCUCCCAGGCUUCUUCCCACUGCCCCAUGCUCCACCCACAGUCAGGUCUCCGGCUGACUCCAUGCAGUUCAGUUUUGUAGGUUUAUUUUUGCCUCGGGGUCCAGAGGCGAGGUUAUGACGGGCCUAACCCCUGACUGGCACUUCCUGUACCCACUGUCCUGUAGCAGGUGCUUUGCUGAAGCAGCCAAAGGGAAGGGAUGGGGGAGGUGAGCCAGCUGCCAGGAGCUUGGCACAAGCCAAGGCUUGUGCCGUGCUCCUGGCCAGCCCCGUGCUGCCAGAGAUUCGAUUCUCAAGUCAUUUUUAACAGCUGCUCCCACCCCCCCCGACCUGUCAUCUGUCACUUUCCUUCGGCUUCACCGCGACUUGGUAGGAAGAAGUCCCUCUCUUGACCACCCCGCCUUUUACUCCCAGGGUCUGGGAAGCGCCCAGUCUUUCGGUCCCUGGCCACACUGCCCCAUCACACUUCCCCUCCUUGGUUUCCUCCAAGUGAAAAGCAAAACUUUCUGCGCUGCGGUCUGGGAGCCGCGAGGGGCGGCGCGCGCGCGCUAGCGAGGGGCCGAGGCUGGAGAGGAAGCGGCGGUCCUGGGCAGGAGGAAGAAGCCAGCCCUCGGCUCGGCCCCCUGCCCGUUUCCCGCCGCCUCCGCGGCCGCCGCUACCACCAUCACCACCACAGUCACCGCCGUCCGGGGCGCAGCCGGCCGCACGAUGCAGGGCGGGGGUCCCCGGGGCGCUCCGAUCCACAGUCCGAGCCACGGCGCAGACAGUGGGCAUGGCUUACCGCCUGCAGUAGCCCCUCAGAGGCGGCGGCUGACACGGAGACCAGGCUACAUGAGAAGCACAGCGGGUUCUGGGAUCGGGUUCCUCUCUCCAGCAGUGGGCAUGCCACACCCGAGCUCAGCAGGGCUGACAGGCCAGCAGUCCCAACACUCACAGUCCAAGGCUGGACAGUGCGGACUUGACCCUGGGAGCCACUGCCAAGCCUCACUGGUGGGCAAGCCUUUUCUCAAGAGCUCCCUUGUCCCUGCUGUGGCCUCUGAGGGCCACCUGCACCCAGCCCAGCGCUCUAUGAGAAAAAGACCAGUGCACUUUGCGGUUCAUUCCAAGAAUGACAGCAGACAAUCUGAGAGGCUGACUGGGUCAUUUAAGCCUGGGGACAGUGGGUUUUGGCAAGAAUUAUUAUCUUCAGACAGCUUUAAGUCUCUGGCUCCUAGCCUUGAUGCACCCUGGAACAAGGGAUCAAGGGGCCUGAAGACUGUGAAACCUCUGGCAUCACCGGCGUUGAAUGGCCCCGCUGAUAUCGCAUCCCUUCCCGGCUUCCAAGACACCUUCACUUCCAGCUUCAGCUUCAUCCAACUCUCCCUUGGUGCUGCUGGAGAACGCGGAGAAGCAGAAGGUUGCCUGCCAUCCAGAGAGGCCGAACCUCUGCAUCAGAGGCCCCAAGAGAUGGCAGCUGAAGCAUCUAGCUCAGACAGGCCCCACGGGGAUCCUCGGCAUCUCUGGACCUUCAGUCUUCACGCUGCUCCAGGCUUGGCGGACUUGGCUCAGGUGACAAGGAGCAGCAGCAGGCAAUCAGAAUGUGGCACGGUCUCCUCCUCCUCCUCGGACACUGGCUUCUCUUCCCAGGAUGCAUCCUCCGCUGGUGGGCGGGGCGACCAGGGCGGCGGCUGGGCCGAUGCCCAUGGAUGGCAUACAUUGCUCAGGGAAUGGGAGCCCAUGCUGCAGGACUACCUACUGAGCAACCGCAGGCAGCUGGAGGUCACUUCCUUAAUUUUAAAGCUUCAGAAAUGUCAAGAAAAAGUGGUCGAGGAUGGCGAUUACGAUACUGCAGAGACAUUGAGACAGAGGUUGGAAGAACUGGAACAGGAGAAAGGCCGCCUGUCCUGGGCUCUGCCUUCACAGCAACCUGCUCUUCGCAGCUUCUUGGGUUACCUGGCAGCACAGAUACAGGUGGCCUUGCAUGGAGCCACCCAAAGGGCCGGCAGCGAUGAUCCAGAAGCCCCACUUGAAGGACAGCUGAGGACUACCGCCCAGGAUAGCCUGCCUGCAUCCAUCACCAGGAGGGACUGGCUUAUUCGAGAGAAACAGCGAUUGCAGAAGGAAAUCGAAGCUCUCCAAGCACGGAUGUCUGCGCUGGAGGCAAAGGAAAAACGGCUGAGCCAAGAGUUGGAGGAGCAGGAGGUGCUGCUCCGGUGGCCGGGCUGUGACCUGAUGGCACUGGUGGCCCAGAUGUCCCCAGGCCAGCUGCAGGAGGUCAGCAAGGCCUUGGGAGAGACCCUGACCUCUGCCAACCAGGCUCCCUUCCAGGUGGAGCCACCUGAGACCCUCAGGAGCCUCCGGGAAAGGACAAAAUCACUGAACCUGGCUGUCAGAGAACUCACUGCUCAGGUGUGCUCAGGUGAGAAGCUGUGCAGCUCUCUGAGGAGGAGACUCAGUGACCUCGACACCAGGCUGCCUGCCUUGCUGGAAGCCAAGAUGCUGGCCCUAUCAGGAAGCUGCUUCUCCACAGCCAAGGAGCUCACGGAGGAGAUUUGGGCCUUGUCGUCAGAGCGGGAAGGGCUAGAGAUGUUCCUGGGCAGGCUGUUGGCACUCAGCUCCAGGAACAGCAGAAGGCUGGGCAUCGUCAAAGAGGAUCACCUCAGGUGCAGGCAGGACCUGGCACUCCAGGACGCCGCCCACAAAACACGCAUGAAGGCAAACACUGUGAAGUGCAUGGAAGUGUUGGAAGGUCAGCUGAGCAGCUGCAGGUGCCCGCUGCUUGGGAGAGUGUGGAAAGCAGACUUGGAGACUUGUCAGUUGCUAAUGCAGAGCCUGCAGCUUCAGGAAGCAGGCAGCAGCCCACACGCAGAGGACGAGGAGCAGGUGCAUAGCACAGGAGAGGCCGCCCAGACAGCUGCUCUGGCUGUCCCUCGAACACCCCACCCCGAAGAAGAAAAGUCCCCCUUGCAGGUGCUCCAGGAGUGGGACACCCACUCAGCUCUUUCACCACACUGUGCUGCAGGCCCAUGGAAAGAGGAUUCUCACAUCGUUUCUGCUGAAGUUGGAGAAAAGUGCGAAGCCAUAGGCGUGAAGCUCCUACACCUGGAAGACCAGCUUCUCGGAGCCAUGUACAGUCACGAUGAGGCUCUCUUUCAGUCUCUCCAGGGGGAGCUCCAGACGGUGAAGGAAACACUGCAGGCCAUGAUCCUGCAGCUCCAGCCAACAAAGGAGGCAGGAGAGGCCUCAGCUUCCUAUCCGACAGCUGGUGCUCAGGAAACCGAGGCCUGAGGUCCUGCUCUUUCUCCAUUCGAAACCAAACAUGAAAUGGCCACUAUACCUGCUGGGGUCUUUCUACAGACACUCCAAUGCCAGGAGCCCACAAACCUCAGAGUCUGUGCAGGUCCUUAGUUCCCCAGGCCAAUUCCUCUGGGGGCUCUGCUCAGUCUCAGGAGAUGUCUACAGGGUGCCUCAGCAAGGUGCAGCCUUUAUGUUCCAAGGUAAUGGCUGCAGCUCACAACCACCACUGCCAAUGCCGCUGCUACUGCUGCUGCUGCUGUCGCCGCCGCCACCACCACCACCAGCACCAUCAGCACCACCAGAAGUGCUUGCUGCGGCAUCAAGUCAUUCUGAGAUUCCGGCCAAUGAGGUGGGAGGCGAGAAUGUGAGGAGAGGCAUGGGUGCAGGAGGAGACAAUGGACAUGUUGAGCCUCUCCAGGGAAUUACAACAUCAUGGAGCCUGAAGAGCAGUGUCUAUUCACUGAGGCAAUGUGGACUCAGACAGGCAGCUCACUGCUCCAUAAUGGUGAGCCGCAGGUUCCUGUGGAUUGCUCCCUGGGUUCAGCGGAGGCUCCUCCUGGGGCAGCUGCAGGCAGGUUGUUCAAACAGGCUGAAGAGACGAACUAAGAAAGUAUGUCAGGUAGUUUUCUGUUGCUGUGAAAAACUAUCUGGCAAAAGCAACUUGGUAGGAAGUAUGGAAGGGAGGGAGGGAGGGUAGAAUGUGGGUAUGUGGGGUUUAUUUGGGCUCCUGGUUUGAGGCUACAGUCUAUCACAGUAGGGAAUGCAUGGUGGCAGGACCGCGAGGCAGUUGUUCACACCAUGUACAGGAAGCAGAGAGAUCGACGCUACUUCAAUCUCUCCCCCCUUUCCAUUCAAUACAAAGUCUCAGCCCAUGUGAUGCCACCACCCGCAUUUGCAGUGGGUUUCCCUCAGUCAAGUGUCUUCAGGAACACCCUUAUGAACAUACUUGAAGUUUUGCCUUUUAGGUGACUCUGAGCCCAGUCAAGUUGAUAAUGACAAUGAAUUACCACAAGAGGGUACCUCAGAGAUGUAAGUCUAUAUGAUGAGACCCUGAUAUCAUAACUCCUGCUUGGGAGUCAGCUCAGCUAGCCACCCUGUAAGAGGGUCUACCAGCUUCCAUCAAGCCCCAACAUCCCGAAGCCUGAUGGAAUUCUCCAUGGGAAGCGGCGUCUCAUUCCCUCAGGCUUGGGGGACAUUACGCUGUCCCCUCUGGGAUGGCUCCAGUGCACCUGUAUCUUAGAGACCAAACCCAACAUUCUCCCGUUGAGCUCAGCAUAGUCUGAUGAGUCUGCCCGGGAAGACCUCUUGAAGAUGCUCUGCUUGCCUUUGUAGAUAUGGGAAUGAUACACUCUUACCUCCCUCUGGGCCCGUGGAUCCAGCUCUUAACCCUUCCUAAUUACCCUUCCGUCUCUGGAAGGCGCCUAGGGAUUCUCUAAGUGAGGAUCACGUUGUUGAAGAGAAGCUUGCUCACUGACUUCCUGAGGCAUUAAUUACCUGAACCAUUUUGAGGUCGCAUUUUGUAUAUUUGAAUAAGAAGUAUGUUUAGUUUGUUUCCAGACUUGAUGUUUUGAUAAUGAAACAAAUCCCUGAACUAUGUAUAAUCGUGCCCCCAAAAGUCUGGUGAAGCAGUCCCAUGGCACCUGGAGCCCCCAAAUCCUUGGCGUGAUUUUAAUGAAUGUUGCCAAGAAUCUUCCUAACCCUGACAGCUUCAAAGGAAGCCUUCCAUGUAUGAGUCGCAACCUGACUGUCACUGCCAGCCUGGGUGUUUGAUGUUAUUCUGACACCACUGUAGCUCCUGGUGAGGUCAUGAAGCAUUCAAAACCUUAAGGAGAUGAGCAGUCCCUAGAUGUCUCAGGAGGAGGGACAGCUGAGAGUGCCCAGUGUCUGGUUGGUUGAAUGGCACUUCAGUCAUGAGUUGUCCCACAUCUCCUGUCAUUCUCUGGUCUUGGAGUGCCAUCCAGGUUCAGUGUUGAAGGCUGGUAUCUCCUGGGACUGCACAACUGUCUCAUGACAACCUUCCUCUUAUUAGCCACUUGGGCCUAGGAGAUCCAGGCAUUGUGGAUCCCCAACUAUAGGACAGGACAGGUUUUUACAGGGUCACAUAAAAAUAUCCCAGGGAUGUCAGGGCCUGAGUUUAGACUGGUUUUUUUGGUUUUGUAUUUGGUUUGGUUUUUGGUUUGAUUUGGUUUGGUUUUUUGAGACAGGGUUUCUCUGUGUAGCCCUGGGUGUCCUGGAACUCACUCUGUAGACCAGGCUGGCCUCAAACUCAGAAAUCCACCUGCCUCUGCCUGUUAUGAGAGGACCAAGCAAAGGUAUGUGUUGCAAGGGGACACAAUGUCAAUCUUGUUUAUGACAACAGCACACAUGUGUAUCUUAUAUAUAUGCUCUAUUAUCCUUACCCAUUCAUAUGUUGAAGGGCUGAUUUCAUAAUCCAUGAGGUUCACUGUGAGGUUCUGCAAGGGUGGCAGAGUAGGGGGCGCCAGCUUGAACAUCUUCAUUACCUCAUUAUCACCAGGUCUAGCUCCUGAAACUUUACAGCAUUGAUCAAUCAGGUUAAUAUGUCACAAUUGAUUCUAGUCCUGCUUGGCGAUGAGACUGCCUCCCACCCCAUGAACACUUGUGGAUUGGCACCACACUGAGCCCUUCACAGCCAGUCCUGCAAUCACAGAUCUGUCUGAGGAGAGUGCUCCACAGAGGGGAGAGUGCUCCACACAGAGGAGAGUACUCCACACAGCGGAGAGUGCUCCACACAGGGGAGAGUGCUCCACAGAGGGGAAAGUGCUCCACACAGGGGAAAGUGCUCCACACAGAGGAGAGUGCUCCACACAGGGGAGAGUGCUCCACACAGAGGAGAGUGCUCCACACAGAGGAGGGUGUUCACAGGCCUCAGAAUGACCAAGUCCUCUUCCUAAGGCUCAGAGUUGGUUCAAAGGGGGGUCAUGGGGAAUCCUGACCCCCCCCCCAUGGGCAGCUGUUCCUAAUCAAUGUCCUUUCUAAAGUGCCUUUGAUGUCCUCUUUGCAGUUUGAGCUGUGAAACUCAUUCACCAGCUAAAACCCAUGACUGCCCUGUGAAUUCUGCCUGUAAGCAUCGAGUCACUGAUCUCUGGGUCCCCUCACCCUAGCAAACCGUACUGUGUAGCCUGGGCUCUGGAUGGUUUUAGAAACCCUAAACCUCCAUCUACUGUCCUGGCCCAGCCUUUCCCAGUCACCCCAAAGAUCAUUGCAGGGGUGCCAUACAGCCUCAUACUGGGUGGGUUCUCUGGAAACUUUCUAUGUGACUGGUAUUUCUCAGAACAUGUUUGUUUACUAUGGGCAACAUGACCGACAUACACACACACACAAACACACACACAUACACACAUGUUCAUGUGCUGUGGUUGACAGCAACCCUAUACAUGUUGAUCAGCACCCUCAUGUGUACAUAACUGACCUUUAAUUUUAAUAGCACCAUUUUAUUUGAUCUUUGAUUUUGUAAUGUAAGUUAUUGAUUUAUUAAGUGUCCUGCUCUGUGUGAAAUAAAAACUGAUACCCAAGCCACAAUG